GUGGAGAGAGUUGUAUCAAGCCUGGCCCUGAGAACACCAGAGACCCUGGUGGAGAGAGUUGUAUCAAGUCUGGACCUGAGAACACCAGAGACCAUGGUGGAGAGAGUUGUAUCAAGCCUGGACCUGAGAAAUGGAUUCCUCAGAGCUGUAAGACUUGUGACCAUGUUGAGGACUCCACACACUGGCUUCAGAUUGAACCCUUGACUUCCACUGUCCAGGGAGGGACAAUGUUCAGGCACAGGACACCCAAAGGGAGUUAUGAGUGCACAAUGUCUGGGCUCCGCUGGCUGUGUGAGAGAGAUGUCAUUCUGAAGUAUCACCUCAGGAACUGGGAACCCUACAGUCAACUUCUGAAAGACAUGCAGUACACACAAGGUGGUCCAUUGCUGGACAUCACCAUGGAGUUAGGUGAACUGGAGGAAGUUCAUCUGCCACACUUUGUCUGUUUAGGGACCAAACCUUCCCUGAGGAAUGAGAUGAAGAUUCUUCAUGUAGAGGAACAUGGAGUGUCUUUAGAGGAAGUGCAUGAGGUCACCAGAUUCCAUGCUAAGAUUCUCCAUCCCAAGUCCUCAUCGGUCUCUGUUGUACUGAACAAAAUCGCCUGUUGGAACGUAGAUGUCCACUGUGACGUGAUCCUCUAUUUGGCAGUAAAAAGGUCAACAGUAAUUUCAAGGCUGUACCUGCUCCUCAGAAACUCCAGUCAAAAAGAGGCUGUUCAGGACCGGGAGAAAAAUCAGCUGUCCCAAGGAUAUUCUGAAUUUCUCCUGUCAAGUCCAAACGGGUCCUUAAAGCUGAACAAUUGGUUUGCACUCAAGAAUCCCCUCUCCACCUCCAUCAAUCCAGAGAAGAUUCAGCUGUUACCUGCAGACACCACACCAAGCUGUUGUAAGAUGAUAAUGGGAAACACAGGGGUUGACAUUGAGAUGGAGUUAAUUGGGGAUGAUGAGAAGACAGCGUGGAGAGAUAUGCUACAAGCAGAUCAAUACAUCACUGACACCCAUUCAACUAGUGCUGUGUUGGGGGCAGGGCAUCCGGCUGAGAUCAGUCUGACUGGUUCUGCAGAGCAGCAGCUGCGUUCUGUACGGACAGAGUUUGUGAAACGAGUAUCAGGACCUGUCCUGGAUGUUCUGCUGGAAAGACUCCUGCAACACACAGUCAUCAACCAGGAGGAAAUGGAGUCAGUGAAGGUGAUAGCUGAGAGGGCAGAGAAGGCACGUGACAUCAUCGACAUGGUGUUGAGAAAAGGAACUGAGUUGUGUUCCAGGAUGAUUAACCUUCUUGGGGAGCUGGAUCCCUGUCUUUGUUCACAGCUUCAGAUCAAUGUUAGGGUACCAACCUAA